AUGGAAGGUGGCUGGGGUGAGCUGCCUGGUGUGGGUAUUUCCGUGCUUGCCAGCAGCAUGGAAAGUCCCUGGGAGAGCAAAAAUCCUUUCCCAGUGGGAUUGCUGUGCCAGCAGACAAGUGUAACGUUACGACCUGAUGUUUAUGGGGAUAGAGGACUACAAAUUUAUUACAACGUAUCUGACAACAAAACCUGGGAAGGUUUAGUGACAACUCUUCAGACUUUUCUAACAGCAUAUACUCCAGCUGCUCAGCACCUGAACAUCAACUGCACCAGUGACAUCUACUUCUUCCAGGACACCUUUGACGGCCCGAAUAAAACAAAACUGUCCUGCAAAUUUACCUCAGAUAUGCUUCAAAACUGCUCUGGCAUCCCAGAUCCGACUUUUGGAUUUCCAGAAGGAAAACCCUGCUUUAUUAUAAAAAUGAACAGGAUUAUCAACUUUCUCCCUGGCAACGGCACUGCACCAAGGGUGAACUGCACAUAUUUG